AUGAUUUGGCGGGGCAGGAUUUGCAUUGGAGAUGAUAAGUCAGGCGCUUGUUGUUCGCAGCUCAAUAUGAUACAGGAAUAUGGGGCAGUAAGUAAUUUAUUUCAGUACCACAUUGUAUCAGUGGGCUACAGCAAAUGUGGUAUAGAAAAAACAUUCUUCACUGGUGGUUUCAACUUCAUUGCCAAGGUAUAUUUCUCGGGUGUCAUCAGUUUGAGAGAGCAGUUUGAAGUGCAGUGUGCUGUACCAUUUGUGGAAUCACAUGUCAAGGCAAGAAUGGUGGCAUCUGGUAGACCGAUAAGAAUAUCAUCUGUGGAUUUUACUAGCAGUACAUCUGUAACGGAAGUGAAACCAGUUUCUGUACGAUUGGGUAGUAAUUUGCAUAUUGCUAUCGAACCAACUCUGAAAGAAAUGCAGGAAAGAUUACACACGUAUCCGUUGAAUUGUUGGGUUACUGUAGCUUCAAGUAGUGUUGAGUCUACUGUUACUCCUAUCGUUGUAGCACGUAGGUAUUUUAUUAAAAAUGGAUGUCCGUCCACCGAUGACAAUUCUUUAUUGGCAUUUUUGGAGCAAAAGACGGGUAUCGGUCGUUUUGCGGAAUGGACCAAAGUGACGAUUCCUAUUACGCGUAAUUUAGUGAUUACAUCUUUAUUGAAUGGGUCAGUACCAGUUGAUGAAUCUGUUGAAUACGGGCGAAUAUCUCUUCACUGUGAUAUAGUUUUUUGUACGGGUCAAAAAUUAAAAGGCUUUCAAAAUACUCCCAUGUGUCCACAUGCGUCAUUCUGUUCGCCAUCAUCUCAGGAACAACAACAUUUGCCAUACUGGAUAGAGCCUUACAUUGAACGGGCAGUUACGGUCUCAUUACCUUCACCGAUUCGUAUUCUUCUGGCAAAUGCUAGUGAACCUUCACUAGACAGCAAUGAUAUGUUAUCACUUCCAGAAGAUAUUGUUACUGAAACAAAUGAGGACGCCUAUAAUGCAGUUUAUGAUUCGAAGUGUGCACGGGUAUGUGCUGUAGCAGUUGAAGAAGCUUUACGUAAAGACAGUGUUGAAUGUCGUUUCGAUGGCAUCCCUGUUUACGUGGUCAUAAUUAUUGCUAUCAUAUCAUUUGGUUUUGGUGUUGCUUUUGUAGCCACUCUAUGGUUGAUACAUAAUAAAACAGAUAUUUUUCUCACAGAUCCAUUGCGAAAAAUUCGUUGUGCAGAUCAAAGUGGACGUGGUAUGCCGUUGAAUGCUCUUUAUCGAGAUUCUGUUAUCCGACCAUAUAAUAACGCAUUUAUGAUUCCAUGCGGCACGACGAUGACGGAACGAGAACAAUUAGUCUAUGAUCGACCGCGUUAA